GUUGCGAAAGAACGGUAAUCCACGAGCAAGGGCUUCACGUUUCAGGAAUCCAGUUCGGCUCUUUCCGGUGACUUUGCCAAACUUGCGGGCUAGGGUUCUCCCGAGGGGGAGGCUUCGCGUCGGGGUCCCUCCCGCCGCCUCUUACUGCUGCUGCUGCUGCUCCGGCCGGGGCCAGCGAGGGAGAGAAGCGCGUCGCCGGCGCCAUGAGCGAGCGAGCCCUGCUGCGCCAAGUUGCCUGUAGCGGCCGAGCCGGCUGGUGCUGGGCGGCGGGAGGGAGGCACGGCUCGGCUCGGGGCAAGGCGCUCCCUGGGGCGCGUCGCCGCCUCAGCGCCUGGGCGUGGAGUCCGCCGCGCCCCCGGUUCUGUCACUUAGCGAGCCCUUUCUCUUCACGAACGUCCGCUUUCGGGGGCGACUAUGAGGCGGUUUUCAGGGCGUCGGUGGAAGAGCCGGAGAAACUCUGGGCGGAAGCCGCUGGAGGCAUCGCCUGGCACAAGCCCUGGGCUAAAACCAUGGAGAGAGGAGGGCCCUUUAGCACCUCGUGGUUUGUUGGGGGAGAGCUGAAUAUAUGUUAUAAUGCUAUAGACCGUCAUGUUGAGAAUGGACAAGGGGAUCAGAUUGCUAUCAUCCAUGAUAGUCCUGUAACUAAUAGUAAAGCGUUUAUAACUUACAAAGAAGUUCUUGAACAGGUCUCCAAGUUAGCUGGUGUUAUGGCAAGCCAUGGCGUGAAGAAAGGGGACCGUGUUGUCAUCUACAUGCCCAUGAUUCCACAGACUAUGUACACCAUGCUGGCGUGUUCAAGGAUAGGAGCUAUCCAUAGCCUCAUUUUUGGUGGUUUCGCUUCAAAGGAACUCUCAAGUCGCAUUGAUCAUGCCAAGCCAAAACUUAUCGUAACAUCAACAUUUGGAAUAGAACCUGGAAGAAAAGUGGAAUAUGUACCACUUCUUGAAAAAGCACUGGAAAUGAUAAAUCAUCAACCUGAGAAAAUUCUGAUUUAUAGUCGCCCAAAUAUGGAUCCUGCCCUGCUUAAACCAGGACGUGACCUGGAUUGGGAUGAAGAAAUGGCGAAAGCAAAGCCUUGUGACUGUGUCCCUGUCCUUUCAGAUCAUCCACUUUAUAUUCUUUACACAUCAGGGACAACUGGCACACCCAAGGGUGUUGUUAGACCAACAGGUGGCUAUGCAGUUAUGCUAAACUGGACAAUGUCAGCUAUAUAUGGCCUUCAAUCUAAGGAGGUCUGGUGGGCAGCAUCAGAUUUAGGCUGGGUGGUUGGCCAUUCCUAUAUUUGUUAUGGUCCUCUCCUCCAUGGGAAUACAACCAUUUUAUAUGAGGGGAAACCCGUGGGAACUCCAGAUGCUGGUGCUUAUUUCCGUGUGCUAGCGGAGCAUGGGGUGGUUGCCUUAUUUACCGCACCAACUGCAAUUAGAGCAAUCCGUCAACAGGACCCUGAGGCAGCCUUGGGGAAACAGUACAGUCUGACAAGGUUCCGAACACUGUUUGUCGCUGGUGAAAGGUGUGAUGUGGAUACAUUGGAAUGGUGCAAAAAAAUCUUCAAGGUACCAGUGUUGGAUCAUUGGUGGCAAACUGAAACAGGAUCUUCAAUAACAGCUUCCUGCAUCGGCUUGGGAAAUUCUUUAACACCUUCCCCAGGACAGACAGGAAAACGAGUGCCAGGAUACAAUGUGAUGAUUCUGGAUGACAACAAGCAACCUGUAAAAGCGAAGACUUUAGGAAAUAUUGUGGUGAACUUCCACUGCUUCUGCUUAAGAUCUGAUUAGGCUUCUGCUACCAUGAUACAUGCCAUUUGCAUUUCUUCGCAGACUUACAGGUAAUACUGUGGAGGUGACUGUUCUUUUGCUCAGCUGGUUAUUACUGUUUGGCUUUAGUGUUUCCUCUUGUUUGGCAUUACUCAUAACAAGCAGUUGACACAGUAUUAAUG